CGUAGCCAGGCCUGGGUGCGGUUGUGCUCAUCGCAGCCAGCUGCCGCUCCUUUUCCUGCCUCUCGGCGGGUCAGCUGACAUAUCUGAGGACCACAAGGAAGGAACUCGAACUAGCGGCUGUGGUGUGAACCGGGUAUCCACUACUUCGAGCCUGAAGUGGAGGCCGAGUCGGGGGGAGAAUUGACGGGUGGCGUCCGUGACAGAACGAGGGCUGAGUUUGAUUUCAUCAUGGCCUGUUGGGUCUGAGAAGCAGCCACAAUGAUCGGAGGAUUGUUCAUCUACAACCACAAGGGGGAGGUCCUUAUCUCUCGGGUCUAUCGAGAUGAUAUAGGGCGCAACGCAGUGGACGCGUUCCGCGUGAACGUGAUCCACGCCCGGCAGCAGGUCCGCUCGCCGGUGACCAACAUCGCCCGGACGAGCUUCUUCCACGUGAAGCGCUCCAACAUCUGGCUGGCGGCUGUCACCAAGCAGAAUGUCAACGCUGCCAUGGUGUUUGAGUUCCUGUACAAGAUGUGCGACGUCAUGACGGCCUAUUUCGGCAAGAUCAGCGAGGAGAACAUCAAGAACAACUUUGUGCUCAUCUACGAGCUGCUCGACGAGAUUCUGGACUUUGGAUACCCUCAGAACUCAGAAACUGGAGCUUUGAAGACCUUCAUCACUCAGCAGGGCAUUAAGGGACAGCAUCAGACAAAAGAGGAGCAGUCUCAAAUAACGAGCCAGGUGACGGGGCAGAUUGGCUGGCGUCGCGAGGGCAUCAAAUAUCGACGAAAUGAACUAUUCCUGGACGUACUGGAGAGCGUCAACCUGCUGAUGUCACCACAAGGCCAGGUCCUGAGCGCCCACGUGUCGGGCCGAGUGGUGAUGAAGAGCUACCUGAGCGGGAUGCCCGAGUGCAAAUUCGGCAUGAACGACAAGAUCGUCAUCGACAAGCAGGGCAAAGGAGGAGCGUCUGACGAUGCCGGGAAGAGCGGGAAGCAGUCCAUCGCCAUCGACGACUGCACCUUCCACCAGUGCGUGCGCCUCAGCAAGUUCGACUCGGAGCGCAGCAUCAGCUUCAUCCCCCCCGACGGGGAGUAUGAGCUUAUGAGGUAUCGCACCACUAAGGACAUCAUCCUUCCGUUCCGCGUCAUCCCUCUGGUCCGUGAGGUUGGCCGCACUAAGCUGGAAGUGAAGGUGGUCAUCAAGUCCAACUUCAAGCCAUCACUGUUGGCCCAGAAGAUCGAGGUCCGAAUCCCAACGCCCCUCAACACCAGCGGGGUGCAGGUGAUUUGCAUGAAGGGAAAAGCCAAGUACAAGGCCAGUGAGAACGCCAUUGUCUGGAAGAUCAAGCGCAUGGCCGGAAUGAAGGAGUCUCAGAUCAGCGCUGAGAUCGAGCUGUUGCCGACCAACGACAAGAAGAAAUGGGCUCGACCUCCCAUCUCCAUGAACUUUGAGGUCCCGUUUGCCCCAUCUGGCCUCAAGGUGCGCUACUUAAAGGUGUUCGAGUCCAAGCUCAACUACAGUGACCACGACGUGAUCAAAUGGGUGCGCUACAUCGGCCGCUCGGGCAUCUACGAGACACGCUGCUGAAGUGGAACAUCACCCCCCCCCCCCCCUCCCCUUUACGCGCAGCCGCCCCAUCCAUCCUCUUACUGAAUUUAUCAGUUCCUCUAUGUCUCCUGUCCCAUUUAUUGUUAGAGCUUAUCUGAAACCUCUCACCGACCCACCCACCCUCCCCUCUUAACUAGGUGUUGGAAAUUGACUUGAUAUCAUUUAAAACAAAAAUAAAUAUGGCAUACUGCACAGA